UCAUACCAAGCAAACAAUGGAAAUAGAAGCCAUUUAUGAAAAUAUUCCAAAAAAGGUUAACGUGAACACAUCUGGACCUCAAACACAAAGUCAGAACCAGAGUGAAGCUCUAACCACAAAAAGAAGCAGAUGGUUCAUGAUGAUUACAGUGUUACUCGGGCUCAUCUGUGUUUUACUGCUGGUUGCCAUCAUGGUGCAGCACAUUAAACUCUCCACAGAGAGAGAUCUGAUGAAGAUGGGCUACAUGAACAUAUUUGAAGAAUACAAUGAAACUCUGAGCACCCUGAAGAUGAAUUUCAGUCAACUGACAUAUGAAAGAGAAGAACUGCUGAAAAGAUUUAACUCUAUGAGCCAAAAGAAACUGGAGUUGGAGACCGAUAACAAACGUUUGAAGGGCAGGAAAGAAGAGCUUCAGAAAAACUUUAACUCUUUGAGUCAGAAGAAACUGGAGUUGGAGACCGAUAACAAACAUUUGACUGAUGAGAAAGAAGAGCUAAAGAAAAACUUUAGCUCUAUGAGUGAGAAGAAACUGCAGUUGGAGUCCAAAGUCAAGAAUUUGAACGAUGCACUAAUGAAGAAAUCAGGGUCGUACAUGUAUUUCAUAUCCACUGAGAUGAAGAGUUGGUCUGACAGCAGGCAGUUCUGCAGGGAUCGUGGUCAAGAUCUGGUCAUUAUCAACACUGAAGAAGAACAGAGAUACAUAUCUUCAAUUGCCAAGGGCAGAGUGUGGAUUGGUUUGUCUGACAUAGAAAAGGAAGGAAGCAUGACCUGGGUGGAUAACACACCAUUGAAUAAAUCGUUUUGGGACAAAGGUGAGCCAAAUAACGACCGUGAUAAUGAGGACUGUGUUGAAAUCCUGAGUUCUUUAAAACCUAUCCUAAACAACUGGAAUGAUUUUCCAUGCGCACAGAAGAGAAAAUGGAUUUGUGAGAAUCUGUGAGAAUCAAUGUUUUGAUCAUCAAAAAUAAGCAAUUGUUAUUGGAUCACUGCUUAUGCAUUUACAUCAGUUUACAUUGAUGCUUUUGUUUUUAAGAGCAAUGGCAGCUAAAAUACUGUAAAUAUAAACUGCUUUACUGCUAUAAUUUCUGCUCUAUAAUGUAAUAUCAGCUGCACAAUAAAAAAAUCCAUGUUAAAGGGGACAUAUCAUGAAAAUCUGACUUUUUCCAUGUUUAAGUGCUAUAAUUGUGUCCCCAGUGCUUCUAUCAACCUAGAAAAUGUGAAAAAGAUCAACCCAGUACCCACGGCACACUUUUGCUCAGGCCUACAAAGUGGCAAUUUUAACAUGGUGUAAUUAAUUAUCUGUGGAGAAUUUUGAGCUAGAACUUCAAUUACGCACUUUGCACUUUAAAAAAUACUUUGCCUUAAAAAAAUUUGUUGAAUCAACUCGGAUUUACAAGUCAUUUCAACUUACUAUUAUUUAUCUUGACUAGAGAUAAGUUGUAAGAACUACAGAUGAGUUUUUAUAACUUAUAAAAUUAAGUUGAAUUUUCUGAACUAUAUUUUAUAAGUUGUGACAACGCAUCUCUGUUCGACAUGACUUGUAAAUCUUUGUUGAUUUAACAAAAAAAUUUUAAGGCAGCAAAGUUUUUUUUACAGUGUGGGGACACCAAAGAUUUAGUUUACAAUCUCAUAACAUGACCCCUUUAAAUGCUAUAAUAGGCUUUAUGCCCAGCUGCACUACUUUAGCCAGGUCCUUGUUUCCUGUCUGCCAUUAUUGGACAAACUGAUUAAUUCAUGUGUGUCUGAUUAUUGUUGUUGUGACUACUGAGGUCAGGCACACCUGGAUUAAUCCGUUUGUUUGUGACUACUGAGGUCAGGCACACCUGGAUUAAUCAGUUUGUCCAAUAAUGGCAGACAGGAAACAAGGAGCUGGCUGAAGUUCAGGAAGUAGUGCAGCUGGGCAUAAAGCCUAUUGGGUCCCCAAUGCUUCUAUCAACCUAGAAAAUGUGAAAAAGAUCAUCCCAGUAACUUAGUUUGGGCCAUUCUUUGCAAUCAUGUGAAAAAUUAGGUCGUUUAGAUUUCACCUGUUUUGUGAGGUAGGUAGCAAGGCGAAAUUACAUUAAUACCACCCCCUUAAUCUCCACUAUCCAAUCACAAUUGAGUUUCAAUUACAACAAACCACCAUCAUUGUGAUCAGUGAUUGCACUUCAUCAGUUCAUUUGCAUUUUAAAGGACACACCCAAAACGCCACAUUUUGCUCACACCUACAAAGUGUCAAUUUUAAGAUAUUAUAAAAAAUUAUCUAUAUGGGAUUUUGAGCUAAAACUUCACAUGUGUACUCUGGGGACACCAAAAAUUUAUUUUACAUCUUAAAAAAGUCUUCUGAUAUGGCCCCUUUAAAUUAAGCAGAGUUCAGAGCUAAUCUAGGGUUUGUUGAUCUCAGUUUAAUUUUAAUUUGAGUUGUGUUGCGCCACACAGAUUAACAAAUCUUAGAUUAAAACUUGAACCUGUAUUAAACCCUUCAUCCACAAUUUAUUUUGUCCACCCCCAUUAAUUUUCUGGUAUAAUGAAACCGCAACAAUGUUGACGUUGUCAUUCAAAAAGGAAAUAAACAGUUUAUGCAGGCAAAGGUAAUGCAAUUUUUGUAUUAUAAAUCACUACCUACAUCGGUAACCUAAGGGCUGAUUCAAAUAAAAAUAUUUGACGAUCUAUUAACAUAUUCUAAACUGUUUUUAAUAAAAUCACAAUAAUGUUCUUUAAUUGUUAUUUAAAUUCUCAUGUAUCUUUGUUUUUAUUGUGAUUUUAUCGUGUGUCUUUUAUUUUUUUUCUCUUUUAUAUAUUAUUUUCUCAUUUCUAUGUAAAGCACUUUGAAUGACCUCUGUCAGGGCUCGAAAUUGCGACUGUUUUGGUCGCAUAUGCGACUGAAAUUUAAUAUGUAUAAAUCUGUAAAAUAUAUUUGGGAGCAUUUUUGCGACUGCCUAUUUUGUGGUGUGACUUGAUUUAGAUUGUGUAUGCUGUGUGCUGUUCCAGGUUCAGUGUUCUCUCCAACAUCACAUAACCAAUCAAAUUUCAACAUUAAGUUAUUGCGUUUAAUGAAGACCGCAGAUUGGCUAAUAUUAAUGUCAAUCAUUCCUUGUUGCCGUGCUACGUUGUCGUUGGUGCGUAAAGCGCAAAAAUGUGAAAGGUCGGUGUACGUUUUGAUAGUUUGUUUUUUCGUUUAAACAAAAAAAAAAUAAAUAACGAGAAACCACGCAUUUUUCGUUUGUCGUUUAAAAAAAAAAAACGCUAUAAAAGAGCCGUUCUUCCGUUUUUGGUUUCUGAAUCCAAA